AUGGCCCCCUUCCUCUCAACCUUGAUGACUCGCGAGUCACUCCUUUCCUCUCGUUCGAUUUCUGACGAAUUCAAGUCCCAGUGGCUUCACCCGGGAGAUGUCUUUUCGGUGCUCCUGAUUCUGGGCGGCGAGAUUAUCGCUCGUGCACUGGCCCAGCUCGCCGGCAGUGGACUAACUCCGGUCACCUUUUCAUUUGGAUGGGUCGCUUAUUCCGUGACUGCGCUGGUCUCCGCGGUGGGUGAGAAUAAACUCAUGCCCCCAGAUCCCGAUUGCAAAUGCAAGGUGAUCAAUGGCCGAAACGGAUUCACUCGGGACAAUUCAAGCUGGAUUCUUGGCCGGAUGAUGCGCGAUUUCGAUCAAUGGAGUCACCCCGCCACCAAAGAAAAAGCUCAAUGCCUCUUAGACGAGAAGUGGACGGAGCUGAAACGAUCCAGACCACUAGCCAAGCGACCAACUCGCGCCGGUCUGAUUGCGACCAUUUACGAGCCCAGCAAGACGCAGCGAUUGGGCGUCGCCCAGCGCGACUUUGUAUACUGGAGUGGAAUCUUCACCAUGGCGGUACAGCUUGGUAUCGCCGCGAUACCGUGUGGUCUCUUCGACGAUUGGGGGAUCCUAUUGAUCACAGUCUGCGGUAACAUUCUCGCUCUGGCGACGGGGUAUCUACCCCAGUGGAAAAAGGAGAAAUGGGCCUGUCGCACUCAAGCCAAGGGGACAUAUAUCCUCACUCGGGGGAAUGGCUCACAGCAUGUGAUCAUCAUCGUGGGUAACGGGCAUGGUUUGAACCUCGAAGAUCUGGCCGCCGGACAGACGAACAUUGAAGCCUCCACCAAUGCUCUAACCCGGCUGACGCUGCUGGUCCUUGCUCUGUUAUGGGUUCUCCUCCUGAUCACUGCAAGUGGCGUCAAGGAUCAUACCUGGUACCUUCUCGCGGUGGGGGGGAUCGGUAUUAUACAAAAUGUCUUUGUCGCGGGCGGAUCCCGACGCCCGGAAAACUUUGGUAUUCACCUCGACUUUGUCGAGGUCCUGGGUCGAACCAAGGUGAUGGAUACUUUGCUGGAGAUGGAAAAGAAGUACUCUGGCAUGGGCCGGGCUUUACUCGAGGAGUUUUUCCCUAGAAAACUACAUCCGGAGGAUUUAUCGAAGUGGGAGGCGAUCGAUCAAAGUGCCGCACAAGCGAGAGAAGAUGGAAUGACCAACACCUCUUGA